CAGAUUCCGUCCUUUCAAAAAAAGAAAAAAAAAAGAGUGACGUCGAAUUUUUUUUCACCACUUGCUUUUUUCUCCUUUUGAAUAAACUCAAUGUCAUAUUCACCAGAACUUUCUCCUGUCGCUUAUUCAGACGAAGAAAGAGCUUCUACAGCACCCACUAUUAAGCUCAAACUAAAAAUUAAUCCUUAUCCUUCAGUAGAGAAAAAAAGAAAACAUAAGAAGAAACAUAAAAAGAAGCACAAAAAGUCAAAAGAAUAUCAAGAGUCCCAUGAAGAAGACGAUAGUGACUAUGAACAAGAGCCACCUGUACGAUCUCAUGUAGGAGGCAAACGACCUUUUGCUCUCUUACAACAAAAGCAACUGUUACAAGAUAGCGAAGAGGAAGAGGAAGAAGAGGAGGAAGACGAUGACGAUGAAUCAGAACAAGAAAGUUAUCAUCCUACAGAUACAAAAAAAGCAAAACAUGGUCAUCAUUAUUACGAUCAACCAAUGCAACAACAACCUCAACAACCCCAACAGCCACAACAACAGCGCAAAAUGUCUAAACAAGGCAGAAGACCUUCUGUCAAGACUUUACCUAAUGGAGAAAAACCAAAGAAACGAGGUCGUCCUACCAACAAGGCUAAACAAGCAGCCUUAUUAGCUUCUCUUCCUCCCAAAGUACCAGAAACACAACGAAAAGACGUGAAAUCGAUUUUACUCAAACUUCUGGAUAAUAUUGAAAAGAGAGACGCUUAUGGCAUCUUUUUAGAGCCUGUCAACUUAGAACUUGUACCAGACUACCUUAAAGUGAUUAAACACCCCAUGGAUUUCUCUACGAUGCGUAAAAAGAUUCAAAAUGGCACUUACACAGACGCGGAUGGAUUCAGACAAGAUUUUAACCUGAUUGUUAGUAAUGCUAAACUAUACAAUGCUAUUGAUACCAUUUAUUGGAAAAGUGCAGACAAAAUACAUGAUGUAGGAUCCAAACUGAUUGAUCGUGCAGAGAAACAGAUUGAAGAAGAAGAAGAAAAGCAGCAAGAUGAAGAAUUGAGAAGAAGAGACAGUCUAAGAAAAGAUUCAUUGGGCAUCAAGGAAGAAGAUGUAGAUAUUAUGGGCAUUGAUAGUAUACCUACAUUGCGUAAACACAGUAGACAAGGAUCAGAACGAGAAACCAGUGUUGAUAUUGCUAGUUCGCGUGCCAUUACACCUAAUCGAACUACACCUUAUAAAAAGAAGAAGAAGAAGGUGACUGAUACAGGCGUCCUUUAUGGUCCUGAUGGAUCUCUUCAUACUGUAGGAGGAGUAUCUGAUUUAGAUACAUUGAUACCAAAAGAGAAUUCGUUUGCUGAUCCUCCUUUACUGACGACAUCGAAUCCUGCUGCACUUCCUUCUGCUUUUUACUUGAACCGCAACUCUACGGAUGACUUCUUUCAAAAUAGACAUUUUGUCCAUUCUGCUCAUUUUUGUGAUUAUGGACCAUUUACAACACUUGGAGGACAACCACCUGGUGCAUUCUACACUGCUCUUGAUGCUUCCUAUAUCUAUCCAUUGUAUGGUGAUGAUCGAGGAGAAGCUUAUAUGAAGAGUCUAUGGGAUUUCAUUGAGAGUGAUGAAGAGAAUGAUAUCCUUAAACAAAAAAUACAGGCUAAAUCCAACCAUCUGACUCGAGGAGCAUGGCAAGUUGUGCAACAAGCAUUGGAUAGAAAGAACGAAAAACUACAAGGAAGCACAUCAACUGAAUAUCCUACAAUACAGACUGAAUUUGGACCUGUGGAUGCUGCUAAGAUUGUAGAUAAAAUUGAACUCAAAAUGCACACUGUUUAAAUAAAUACAUAAUUUUUUUUUUUUU